CAUUCAACGACGCCACCAAGUCCAUGACCCGCCGCCGACUUGGCGCCGCGGUCCUUUCGGUUGCAGGGAUCGCAGUCGGCGUGGAUGCCGCCACCAACCACGUACCCACGCGUGUUGGGCGGGUAGCGAAGGCAGGCGCUGAAACUUUCGUCGACUUCAAGCGAAACGUCCCAGCAAAGCCUGAUGAAGUAGACGCUGAUACGUCGCAUGCCUGGAAAAAGCUGCACGAAGACUACAAGACGGCACUACGGGCGUACAAUCUUCGCACGGCCGAGCGCUUGCUCCAUGUGUGUAAGCAGAAUGGCGGUGUGUUCACCAAGAUUGGACAGCAGUUGGCAUCGUUAAACCAUGCGCUACCUGUCGAGUACACGUCUACAUUGAGCGUCUUGCAAGACCAGGCCUUACCCGUUUCGUUUGAGGAAGCAAAGUCCGCCGUCGAAACCGAACUCGGCGGCCCACUCGACCAGUUUUUCCGCGAAUUCAACACAAAGCCGAUAGCAGCUGCAUCGCUGGCGCAGGUUCACCACGCGGUAACACAAGACGGGCGAGAGGUGGCGGUGAAGAUACAAUACCCGAAGCUGGCCAAGACAUUGGCGAGCGACCUAUGGGCCGUGCGCCAAGCUAUUUACGCCAUCGAACGGAUCUGGGACAUCAGUGUUCGAUGGAUCAUUCCUGAAAUCGAGCAAGCCUUGGAAGCGGAGCUGGAUUUUAGCGCUGAGAAACAAAACAGUCGCAAAAUCCAAGCGCUCUUUCGCUCGACGCCGUUCGUGUAUAUUCCAACGGUGUACGACGAGCUCAGCACGAGGCGCGUCCUCACGAUGGAGUUCAUCCAUGGCGUCAAAGUAACCAACACGAACGCCAUUACCCAAAAACUGCGCCUCGACCCUGUCGACAUUGCCGGGAAAGUGUCGGCGAUGUUCGCCGAGAUGGUGUUUUGCUCCGGGUUUGUGCAUUGCGACCCUCAUCCUGGCAAUUUGUUUGUUCGGCGGCACCCACAUCGUCCACGUGAAGCGCAAAUCGUGCUCCUCGACCACGGCCUGUACAGGCAACUCGACGACGACUUUCGACAAACGUUUUGUCGACUGUGGAAGGCGCUGCUGCUCCGUGACAACAAGUUGCUCAUGGAAUGCGGCGAACGCUUUCACGUUGGCCCGUACACCAAAUUUUUCCCGCUCAUCUUUACCUAUCGCGCCAUGAACAGCAAGACGAUUAUGGGCGGGCAAAUGUCGGCAGAGGAGAAGCAAGCACUUCGUCAGGACCUGAAAUCCCUUCAAGGCACCAACGUUAACGAAUUCUUUGAGCACCUGCCACGAGACAUGCUAUUUGUCUUCCGGUCCACCAAUCUCACGCGAUCGCUCAACAAAGACUUGGGCGGGAAUUCUCGGUACGUGUGGCUGCAUUACGACUGCGUGAACUAUCCCCUCACGACGUCGACCAGACAACGCUUUCAGAUCUUUGGCAUGUAUGCGUUGAAAGGGCUGUCGCAGGACCGCGCGGCCACUGGCGCCGCCCUCACGCCAUGGCAGUCUUUCUGGUGGACCGUCGAUUAUGCCAACCUCGUGUUCCGCCUUCGCCUGAUCGACUGGGGCAUGUACCUGCACCAGAAACUCAACGGCAUAUCCGUUGACCCAGACAAGUCCGUGGGCUGAGUUGGAACGUUGUGUUAAAUAGAUUGAACGAGUUAUCCUCGAAACGAUGCAGUGAAUCGCUUCA